CAUAAUCGAUUACGUCGACUAUAAAAAAUCGUCGAUGCGGAAAAUGUAGCGUCGACGCGUCAUACUAAUGUUGUUAAUUGUUUAAUUGUAUGAAAAAUCACAUGCCUGGCCGGCCGGUACAUGUUCAUUUGUAGCUGCAGUGCAUAACCAAAAGUGCAGGGGGCAGUAUCGCCCCCACCGUUUACAUUCUGUAUCGAGACAGAGAAGAAGAAGACAUUAACUAUGGCGGAACGCACAGACGAUGAGGCUCGAAAACCCCGACCCAAAAUUUCCAAAGUUUGGGAAAGUUUUAUCCAGAACAAAGCAGCGAAACAGGUUAAGUGCACCCUAUGUGAAGUGCAUCUCUCAUUCCAUGGCAGCACUACGGCAAUGCACGAACACCUUAAACGCAAACAUCCUGGAGCCAUGGUGUCUUCAAAUACCGCAAAUGGUUGUGCCAAGCAAAGGCGUGUGGAUGAGUUUGUGAUGAGGAGAGGUUCAUGCACCCCUCAAAUGGCUGAGGUCUUAACAGAGAGCAUCCUCAACAUGAUUGUCAAGGACAUGAGACCACUAUCCAUGGUUGAGGAUGAUGGCUUCAAGCACAUGAUCCAGACCUUCCAUCCUAGCUACAUCUUGCCAUCCAGAACUUACUUCACUAAACUCAUGGAGGGAAAGUACGGAGCUACUGUUGGAAACAUGAAAGAUACUCUGAAACUAACUAAGAACAAGAUUGCCCUGACAGCUGAUGCCUGGACCAGUGUCGCCACAGAGGCAUAUCUUGGCAUCACUUGUCACUUUAUAAGUGAUGACUGGGAGCUCACGACCCUCUGCCUUACAACCAUGCCCCUGGAAGAACGACACACUGGACCCAACAUUGCUGCAUGGAUUGAGCAGGCUGUGGCAAGGUUUGAGAUCUCUCCAAGCAAGAUUGUGGCGAUAGUCCAUGAUAAUGGCAGUAAUAUUGUCCUGGCAGCAAACAUUUUACAAGAAAAGCAUGGGUGGAUGUCAAUCCGCUGCGCAGGCCACACUUUGCAACUGGUGAUCAAUCAUGCUCUGAAACAGCCUCAGAUCACAAAAGCACUUGGAGCUGCGAGGUGUCUUGUGGAGCACUUCAGAAAAAGUGAACUAGCUGCAACCAAGCUGAAAACCAAACAAAAACAGAUGGGGACCCCAGAGCAUAAACUUGUCCAAGAUGUCUCUACUAGGUGGAACAGUACCUUUUACAUGGUCACUCGUCUGCUGGAACAGAGAUGGCCACUGACUGCGACACUGUCUGACCCAACAGUAACACAAAGUGGGAAAAGAUACCUCGACCUGAAAGCAGACCAGUGGGCCCUGCUAGAGGAGCUAGCUAAAGCUCUUCAGGCCUUUGAAUGUGCUACAGUCUACUUGAGUGGUGAAAGCUACGUGACAGUAUCUGCCCUGCCUCCUCUGGUCAGAGGGCUUUUGAAGUCCACUCAAACCACUUACGAUACAGCUCCUGUGCAGGCCUUUCAGACAGCUGCUUCAGAUGAGAUCACUGCACGCUGGUCUACAGAGGUCACAGUCACAAGUGAUAACCCAAGCAGCCAGAUCAUCGCAACUGCAUUAGACCCACGAUUCAGGAAACUGAAAUUCCUGACACCAGAGGAGAGGUUUGGUGUUCAGAGGAAAGUCCAAACUCUGGCACUACAAUCCAUGCAAGGCACUGUGAGGAAACAACAUGCCAGUGAAAAUGACCAAGCCAUUGCCUCAGCUGUUUCAGCUCUUGAUACACUGCUUGGGUGUGACUCCUCAACAGACACUGACAGUGAGAAUGAACAGGAUGCUGACAACCAAGCUGUCACAAAUGAGGUGCUGAUGUACUUUGGAGAGCAGCCUCUCUCAAAGACGGAGAGUCCUCUAUCUUGGUGGAAGUCAAAUGAGGCGAGGUAUCCAACACUUGCAUCACUAGCCAAGUCAUUCUUGUGCAUACCAGCUACUUCAACACCAUCUGAGCGCCUCUUCUCAGCAGCGGGAAACAUUACCUCAAAGAAGAGAGCCAGCCUGACACCUGAGCAUGUUGAUAUGUUAACGUUCCUGCACUUCAAUUUAACCAAAUUAUAAACUGUGACAUAUAUGUUCAGUCACUUGGGCUGGAAGUUUUUUGUUUUUGUGGUUUGUUUACAUGAAGGGUUAUUUGACCUUUUGGACUUGAAGACCAACCAAGUUUUGAAAUAGGAUGGGCUUUUUUUUUACUUUUAUGGACAUAACAGUCACUGUCAAAGAAAGCUAUACUUUAGUUGAUCUUAAGCUGCAAGGCAGGUUAACAGCUGCUAUUUUGAGUUACUUUUUUGCACAUGAUUUAGUGACAGCUUGCACUUUAAGUUUGUAUUAUGUUUUAUUUUUUCCUUUCAUUGUGAUCACAAUGAUAUGUUAUCUUAAAAAUAUAUUUACUAUGUUACAA